AGGAGAGCCGGGGUAAAUUCGAUUGGCGGUAGAUAAUUCAACAACAACCGUUGAAUUUGUUAAAGCUAGAUCUAGUCAUCAACAGAAUGAUUUUACAACCAUUUUUCUAUCAAAUUCAUCUUCGUCCUAACUUUAUUACGCUCAUUCUUCGUUACUUCUUUUUCUCUCUCCUCUCAAAGUCUCAUAAACUUCGUUGUAAUACAGUUAUUAGUAUUUCUUCUGCAUAUUUUUCAGAUCUCCUCACGCUAUUUUUCACUCUCUCUCCUACUCAGGUUUUUCAGUGUGAGUUUUUAGAUCCCUUAAAUUUUGCCUCUUUUUGUGAACCUUAUUUUUGUGUGUCCUUUUCUUGAAACGUCAUUUUAUAUUCUGGGUUGUUGAAUUUCUUGGAUAUUUGGCAAUAAAUGACCCAAAUUUGAAGGAAAGGUUGAAUUAAGGGAUUUUGGGUUUUGUGUCUCUUGUUAAUUUAAUGUCUUCACUUUUAACAAGUGGGUACUUAAAAUUCUUAUUAUUUGUUGGAAAAUUUGACAUUCUUGAGACUAAAAGUGAGGUUGCUUGGUAUAUUUGAUUAGGGAUUUUUUGGGGGUAUUAGUUUGUUAAUGGAAUUUUUGGUUUUGGGUUAUGAUUAUGGUGUUGAAGUAAUAACUGGGUAUAUGAAAUGAAAGUCCUGCUAUUUAUGUAAAAAGUUGGAAUUUGGCCUUUUGAUUGGAUUGGAGAAGUGGGUUAUUGGGAAUUUGAUCUUAGGUUUGAUUAAUUGUUGGUAUUUUUUGCAAUGGAUGCAAAUGGUAAAGAGUCAAAAACUAAGCCACUUAUUAGUAGUAUGAAGCCUGAAAAGGAAACAGUGGAGAGAAUAUUGGGUGAGGAUGAAGAUGAUGAAACAAAGAGGUUAUUGUCUCCUAGAAAUGGUGAAAUUUCGAAAGGUGCGGCGAAAACAAAGAGGAAAGUGAAGUGGAAUGAUACUAGUGGUGGAAAUAAGCUUGCUGAAGUAGUUAUAUUUCAACCAAGUGACGUGAGUGACAGUGAUGACGACGAUGAUUCAGAUUCUUGCUUCUGUACAAUAAUAAGAAUGUGCCAGUACUUGUGGGUUUCCACUGAAGAUUCUGCCACUUCCUACUUGUGAGUUAUGAAUCACGGGUAUACCACAAAUUUACUUGUUGAAUAAUAAUGGUCAAGAUCACUGAUUUUGGAAAGCAUUCUUUUGCCCAUGGAAAUUUUUGCUCAUAGGCAUCAGCUUGCGCUUGCGACAGUUGUCUAGGUUUUCAGAGCUUAAUUAACUUUACGGGGUUCGAGUGCAGAUGGAGAAUAUGAACAUCUGCGUGCUGUCGCGGAUGUCCUCCCUCCUAAAAUGAGGUAGAUGCAGAAGAUGAGCUUUUUAUGAGUUGUAAUUUGUGUAUGUUUUCGUGUUUGUUACUGUCACAGUUGGUGAAUGUUUCAUACUCUUUGUUGCUUCUGAAACAAAUUCCACGAUAGUCUAUAUAAUUAAUCCUGGUUGUAGAAUGACACUAACAACAAUUUUAUAGAUCUCCCUCUCUUUGUUUUCUCCUUA